UUCCUCUGCGUAUAAAUGCGAGCUAAGGCCCUCUCCCUCCCUGCUGAUCCCCAAAUGUCUCCGGUCCUCUGCUUCCAUCCUUAUAAAACCCUCCAUAAGCCUCUUCUACGCGCACUGCUAUCUCCGCCACUGGAGUCGUUUCCCGGCCGGCGACAGAUAGUUCGUGCCAUCUCGAUCCUGUGCUCGCUCUCCUUCCGAUCCGGACGCAACGAUUGUCAUCCAUCCUGCAGGAAACACAGGGCAAGGCGAUAGCGAGCAGAAGAUGAUGAUGACUGAACUGGCCAAUCAUAGCAAAAGGAGCCACACCGACAGCUACUUCAGUGGAAAAGCCGUCACCACCAGCGGCUCAGAGGAGUUUGGAAGCAUGACCUCCAAGAAGCCGAGGAAUACAAGUCCAAGAACCGCUCCCGUAUCCCCAAAGGAGAAGAAGGACAAGAUUGGCGAGAGAGUAGCAGCGCUUCAGCAGUUGGUGUCGCCAUUCGGAAAGACGGAUACAGCUUCUGUUCUGGAGGAGGCCUCAGGGUACAUCAAGUUCCUGCACCAGCAGCUCGAGGUCCUGAGCUCCCCUUACAUGCGUGCUCCUCUGGUGGCCGGCCCUGUGCCUGAGGAUCCCGACCACUACAGCCUGCGGAACCGUGGCCUGUGCCUGGUGCCGGUGGACCUUACGCUGCAGCUGACCCAGAGCAACGGGGCCGACCUGUGGGCGCCGGCGAACACGACCAGGCGCAGGUGAAGAAGAAAUCCGCCUCACCAGGAGCCAAGAAUCGGAGGCUGGUCUGGUCCGUCUGAACGAAUUACUGCAUGUGCGGGGUGUAGAACUCCUAGUGCCUGAGCCUGACCCAAUUCAAUCUCCUAACAGUAACCUAAGCAAGCGUCCCGUUCAGCUUGUAUUAUAGCAACUUGUCUGUCUAAUCUCUCGUUAUCGUCGGGCAUAUAUGUAUAUGACUGCACAUGGCGAGACACUGCGUCUGUGAUAUGUAACUAUGUGUUUAGCAGCCUGUUGCUGUCAGCACCUAAAGCAGCACACUGCAGCAAUUUAAUGCUAGUUCAUUAAGAUGCUCAGUUUUA